GAAAUACAGGUACAUCCAGCUGACAAGUCUUAUACAGGACGAAAUAAGCGUCCUUAAUUCUACUGCCUGCCACCACUCAUCUCUGCUUUGAAUAAAAUACUUAUAAAAACAUUUAUCAGAAUCUGAACAAACAGUUUGAGAAAAAUGGAAUGUUAGAUAUAUGGAAAUAUUAGGCGCAUAAACUAUCUUAGAAAUAACUUGAAAGUUUGAAAUAUAAAUUAUUUCAAUGAUUACUCCGUCAAUCUGAUCCAAGUCUCUUCAAGGAACUAAUCACACUUCUCGGAGUUUUAUGAAGUAUUAUUAGUUAUUUAGAUUCCAAUCUAUAAGUCCAUUUAAAUUACGAUGUGAACAUCUAAUGUCUUCUGAAUUAUAUCUCGAUCCCAGAAUAUGCAAUAAAUAUGUUUGAACACAAAAUUUGUUAGGAAUCAAAAUAAAUUGAACUAUCGCAUUCUCAACGGUUUCAGUUGUCCAAUGGAAUAAUAAUAUUAACAUUAUCUAUACAAUAUACCGAGAUUUAUAAAUCAAUAGGUGUCUAUUUUCAUUUUAAUCUUCUCUAAAUACCAUCAAUAUGCUACAGGCUGUAUUUCAGAUCUAUUUGUUGAACACACAGUUGAAAAAGAUAUUUAAACAAACAUCUAUACUACCAAACAAUUCUUCUUCAGGUCUUACUCUACAAAACAGUCAUAUUUACAUAGUUCAAUGAAAAGAAAAACAACAACAACCAUCAAACCAAUCAAAAUAGUCUUUGAUUAAACGAUAGAAUAGAAUUCUGGUUUUCUUAUGCCCAUCAAAUAAGUGAAUUUAUUGAACUAACAUAAAGAUACAAUACUAUUUUGUAAUCUCAUAGGUAAUUUUGUACUUCGUCCAACAAAUCAAAUCACUCAUGCCGGAUCUACAAUACAACAUUCAUGUAGUGUUAUGACUGUACCAGUUUUUAUUGAAUGGUAUUUAAAUACUAAUAAAAUUGGAAGUUGCCUAUUUCAAACCAAUACAACUACAAAUACUUUUGGUGAUCCAAAAUUUCAAAUUAUUAUAGGACAAUAUACAGAGAAAUUACUACCAAUAUGUCAGCUUAUUGUCACAAAUAUUGAUUUUGUUGAUACUGGUGAAUAUAAGUGUAAAACUAUUCAUCAUGAUUCUGAAAGUGAUACAGCUUCAGCUUAUAUUCUUGUUUCAUAUCCUAUACGAAAACUUGAAUUACACAUAGACAAUGAAACCUCUCUAUCAGUCGGUCAACGUACUUAUAUUGAAUGUCAAGCACGUGCUGGAAAACCUGCACCACAAAUUCGUUUGAAUUUAGGUGGAUUACCUAUUUCUGAAGCAAGAGUUGUACAAAAAGUAGAUAUUGAAGGUUUAAUUACUUCAACUGCAACAGCGAACAUUAAAUUAACUAAUACACAUCAUUGGCAAUUGUUAACUUGUCAUGUUGAUAUGCAAGCUUAUCGAAAUGUUAAUCAAACAUUCAAAGUGAUUCACCUUAAGGAUUAUGCACCAGCAGAACUGUAGAAAGGAAUUGAAGGUGACGACACCAAACUAAGUAAACACUUUGGAAAUCUUAUGAACAGUUUUUAUGAAUACAUAUUUCUAUUUUAUAAUCUCACCUUACUGAAACUGAAUCACUGAUACGUGAAAUUUCAAGCUUUAUUAUAUAUCUUUUAACUACCUUCAUUAUUAAAGAAUAUUAAUUGGAAUAUUAUAGAAUUUAAAAUAAAUUUUCCGAUACAACAAAAAA